AUGGCCGACGCCCUCAAGGCUGAAGGCAACAAGGCUUUUGCUGCCAAAGAUUACCAAACUGCCGCUGAAAAGUUCUCCCAAGCUAUCGAAUUAGAUCCCACAAAUCACGUCCUCUACUCCAACCGAUCCGGCGCAUACGCUUCCCUCAGGGACUACCAGAAAGCUCUCGAAGAUGCAGAAAAGACAGUAGAGAUCAAAUCCGACUGGGCGAAGGGUUGGGGACGUAAAGGCACUGCUCAGCAUGGCUUGGGUGAUCUUGUCGGCGCGAAAGACUCAUUCGAACAGGCACUCAAACUUGAACCGUCCAAUGCUCAAGCCAAGUCCGGUCUCGAUGCUGUGAACAGAGCCAUUGAGGCCGAGGCUCGUGCUGAUGGCGCUGACGGCGCUGACUUGGGAGGUCUUGGAAACAUCUUCAGUGACCCUCAACUCAUCCAGAAACUAGCCAGCAACCCGAAGACUGCUCCCUUCCUCGCCGACCCACAGUUUGUGACCAAACUGCAACGGCUAGCCAAGAACCCUCAGGAUAUGGGCCAAGAGCUUGCUGACCCCCGAUUCCUGCAGGUCAUGGGUGUGCUACUGGGUGUUGACAUGCAAAUGGGUGCUCCGCCAGAAGGCGCAUCGUCCAGAGCAGAAAAUCCGGCGGACGCAGAAGAGGAUGUGCCCAUGCCAGACGCCCGACCUGAGUCAAACCCUCGCCCUGCCGAGAAGAAAGUACCCGAGCCCGAGCCUGAACCAGAAGAGGAGGACGAGGAGGCGAUCGCAGCUAAGAAAGCAAAGGAAGAGGCCGAAAAGGAGAAAAAGUUGGGCAACGAGUUCUAUAAGAAGCGACAAUUUGAUGAGGCCAUUGGACAUUACAGCAAGGCUUGGGAGCUACACAAGGACAUCACAUUUCUGACAAACCUCGCCGCCGCCAAAUUCGAGCAGGGCGACUACCAAGGCUGCAUUGAGGCUUGCGAAAAGGCCAUUGAAGAAGGCCGACAGAUUCUUGCAGACUUCAAGAUCAUCGCGAAAGCAUUCGGACGCAUCGGCUCUGCAUAUGAGAAGCUGGGUGAUCUGCCAAAGGCCAUCCACAACUACCAGAACUCGCUAACCGAGCACCGUACCCCGGAGAUUCUCGCGAAGCUCAGGGCCGCUGAAAAGGCCCAAAUCAAAGCCGAGAAAGAUGCAUACGUCGAUCCUCAAAAGGCAGAAGAGGCACGUCUACUUGGAGCAGAGAGGUUCAAGAAUGCAGAUUGGCCUGGUGCUGUCGAGGCGUAUACCGAACUGACGAAACGAGCGCCCGAUGAUCCUCGAGGCUACAGCAACCGAGCCGCGGCACUGAUCAAGCUCCUAGAGUUCCCCAACGCCAUUCAAGACUGCGACGAAGCAAUCAAACGUGACUCCAAAUUCAUCAAAGCCUACCUCCGCAAAGCCCAGGCUCUAUACGGGAUGAAGGAGUAUAACAAGUGCCUGGACGUGCUCACCGAGGCGGCGGAUCACGAUGAAGGAGGCAAAAACGCUCGCGAGAUCGAGCAGCAGCAGCAAAAGGCCCUCGAGGCCAUGUACGCAGCUCGCGCGGGCGAGACGGAGGAGGAGACCUCUGCGAGAAUCCAAAAGGAUCCACAGAUCAUGGAAAUCCUCUCCGAUCCAAUUCUGCAAUCGAUCUUGCAACAGGCCAAGAGCGAUCCUGCAGCGCUGAACGAGCACAUGAAGAACCCAGCCAUCCGCACCAAGAUCCAGAAACUGAUCGCAGCUGGCGUCAUCCGCCUUGGCCGGUAA